AUGUCUGUUAGAUACAGCUCAAGCAAGCAGUACUCUUCCUCCCGCAGCGGGGGAGGAGGAGGAGGAGGAGGAGGAGGGUCAUCCUUCAGAAUUUCAAGCAGCAAAGGCUCCAUUGGUGGAGGAUUUAGCUCAGGGGGGUUCAGUGGUGGCUCUUUUAGUCGUGGGAGCUCUGGUGGAGGCUGCUUUGGGGGCUCAUCAGGUGGCUAUGGAGGAGGAUUAGGAGGCGGCUUUGGUGGAGGAAGCUUUGGUGGAGGCUAUGGAAGCAGUAGCUUUGGUGGGGGCUAUGGAGGGGGCAGCUUUGGAGGGGGCAGCUUCGGUGGGGGCGGUUUCGGUGGGGGCAGCUUCAGUGGAGGCAGCUUUGGAGGCUUUGGGGGUGGAUUUGGAGGAGAUGGUGGCCUUCUCUCUGGAAAUGAAAAAGUAACCAUGCAGAAUCUGAAUGACCGCCUGGCUUCCUACUUGGACAAAGUGCGGGCUCUGGAAGAGUCAAACUAUGAGCUAGAAGGCAAAAUCAAGGAAUGGUAUGAAAAGCAUGGCGGCUCAGGCCAGAGAGAGCCUCGUGACUACAGCAAAUACUACCAAACCAUCGACGAUCUUAAAAAUCAGAUCCUCAAUCUAACAACUGAUAAUGCCAAUAUCCUGCUUCAGAUCGACAAUGCCAGGCUGGCAGCUGAUGACUUCAGAUUAAAGUAUGAGAACGAGGUAGCCCUGCGCCAGAGCGUGGAGGCCGACAUCAACGGCCUGCGCAGGGUGCUGGAUGAACUGACCCUGACUAAGGCUGACCUGGAGAUGCAGAUCGAGAGCCUGACUGAAGAGCUGGCCUACCUGAAGAAGAAUCACGAAGAGGAAAUGAAAGACCUUCAAAAUGUGUCCACUGGUGAUGUAAAUGUAGAAAUGAAUGCUGCCCCUGGUGUUGAUCUGACUGAACUUCUGAAUAACAUGAGAAACCAGUAUGAACAGCUUGCUGAACAAAACCGCAAAGACGCCGAAGCCUGGUUCAACGAAAAGAGCAAAGAACUCACUACAGAAAUCAACAGUAACAUUGAACAAAUGUCCAGCCACAAAUCUGAGAUUACUGAACUGAGACGCACGGUUCAAGGUCUGGAAAUCGAACUACAGUCCCAACUAGCCCUGAAACAAUCCCUGGAAGCCUCCUUGGCAGAAACAGAAGGCCGCUACUGUAUGCAGCUCUCCCAGAUUCAGGCCCAGAUCUCCUCUCUGGAGGAACAACUGCAACAGAUUCGGGCCGAGACCGAGUGCCAGAACGCUGAGUACCAACAGCUCCUGGAUAUUAAGAUCCGACUGGAGAAUGAAAUUCAAACCUACCGAAGCCUGCUAGAAGGAGAAGGAAGUUCCGGCGGCGGCGGCUACGGCGGCGGGCGCGGCGGCGGAAGUUCCGGCGGCGGCUAUGGCGGAAGUUCCGGCGGCCACGGGGGCGGCCACGGCGGCAGUUCCGGCGGCGGCUACGGGGGCGGCAGCUCCGGCGGCGGCGGCGGCCACGGCGGCAGUUCCGGCGGCGGCGGCUACGGCGGCGGCUCCGGCGGUCACAAGUCCUCGUCUUCUGGGUCCGUCGGGGAACCCUCUUCCAAGGGACCAAGGUCAGCAGAAACUAGCUGGGAUUCUAACAAAACCAGAGUAAUCAAGACAAUCAUUGAAGAGGUGGCACCUGAUGGUAGAGUCCUUUCAUCUAUGGUUGAAUCAGAAACCAAGAAACACUACUAUUAAGCCGCAUCAAGAGGAAAGGGUCUCCCUUCACACAGACCAUUUAUGUACCGAUGCAUGAAGAACAAAGUCAUGGAGAAAACACUUCAGUCUUAAUGGUCUAUGGAAAUAGGUUCACUCCUUGAAAAUAAGGUGUCUAAAAGGUGUUUUGUGGUUUCUGUAUUUCUUUUCACUUUACCAGAAAGUGUUCUUUAAUGGAAAAAAGAAAAAAAAAACCUUUCUAUUCUCAUUCACUGAUGAAUUCCAAUAAACUUUCUUACUGAUGCAAGCUAUC